UUUUCAAUAACAAACAUACCAAAACCAUAGUCUAGUUAUCAGUCAGUAGAGCAGGCUUUCGUCUCAGGUUCUUCAAGAAACAGAAUUUUGAACUUUUGACUCUGGAUUUCCUUACCUGAAUUACAAGGAUAAAGCUUGUCUUCUCUAUGCUAUGAGCAUAAAAUGGAAUAGUAUACAUGUAGUUAUUAUUAUACUAUUUCAAGACCUUAGAUUUCAGGUGUAUAAUUUCUUCCUACCUUAUCUAUGCAAAUUACAUUUAUUUCCACAAUGAAACCCAACUAAUGAAAAUGAUAGUAGAUUAGCAACUAUGUGCCAGGAACUAAAGACAUUACUACAUUUAAUUCCCACAACACAUGUGGAGGGAAGCAUACUUAUGCCUAUUUUACAGAUGGGGCAGUUGGAGCUCAGCAAGAAUAAAUGACUUGUUCAACAAAGGUCACGUGAGUUAAAUUGUGAAUUGGGUUUUAAUCCAAGUCUAUUGGACUCCAAAGCCUGUGCAAUUUCCAGUAUAAAAUGGUGCUUUUCAGGACUUCCCUGAAUGUACAAAAGGCAAAAUGGGCUAGGGCUGGUAAAACCACUCUUCAGUGGGUGUGACUAAGACGUGAAUAAUUUUAAUCUCUUUUUUAGUUACUUGGUUUUCUACCUUUAGUAGUUCCUCAAGUAACUGUCAUCCCUACCCCCAAACAUGCUAAGGGAUUUCAAACUGAACUCAUUAGAGUCAACUACAUUUAUUGUGGUUAUGAUCUUCCCCACGUAAGUUUACUGCUUGAUGGCAACAAUGAGAACAAAAACUGUCCAGCUAGAGUUUUCUUAUGUAAUGAGAUUGAACAAUCAGAGAGUUAUAAAUUCCUUUCCCCUUCAACUUUCCAUAUGGCAAAAAUCUUGCCAUCCCUUGCUCCUCCAAGCAGGACAGAGACACAGUCUUUGAUGAUAAAACAGCACACUUUGUUAUUCCCCAGCAUUGUCCUUUGCCUACUCCUGACCCCCCUUUCCUAGUGGAAAAUUGAGGGAGGCAUGUAAAACCUACUUAACUUUUCUUCCUUUUUUCAGAUGCUAAUUACAGGCAGAAGAGUCUGCAUGGUUAAAAUAUGUGGUAUAUACUUGUUUUAUUUUUGCAUUUAUUAUUGACAUCCUAUUAGAGUUGACAUUUUUUUCAAGUUUAUCACUAAGUUAUUUAUAUUAACUUAAUUCUUGACCAAGUCAUCAAUUAAGGGUAUGUAUAUGUGGCAAGUGUGGGAGAGAGGGAAUAAGAAUAAACAAGAAACAGAUAGCACAGUUAGACGUUUUAGAGUUUACAAAACACUUUCUUCAUACAGAACUUUAUUAGAUCCUUACUCUAGGAUAUUAUAUUAAUUUUAGCGUAGGCCACUGAGGCUUAGACCAGUUGAAAAGUUUACCCAGGGUCUUAAAGCUAGGAUCUGGCAAAGUCAGAUUUUAAACUCAGGUCUUCCAACUCGCAGUCCAAGGUUUUUCCUACUCUACAUUGACAAAUUGUUAGAGGGUGCGCAGUAAUUUAGCCACUUAGAGUAUGGUGGUUAAGAACACCAACAUGGCUUUGGAAUCAGGUGGCCCUGGGUUUCAAUCCCAUGCUGCCACUUAUUAGCUGUGUACUGUGAGAAAGUUGCUUAACAUCUCUGAGUCUCAAUUUUCUCAUAUGUAGAUUAGCUAUAAUAAUAAAUUAUAUCUACCUUUCAGAGUUAUUUGAAAAGAUUAAUAAGAGAACAUAUAUACAGCCCUGAGCACCAUGCCUGGACCAUAAGAUCUCAAUGGAUAGUAGUCAUCAUGGGCAAGUACACAGGCAGCGAUGAGACAGUGGACUGGCUGCUAUAGCUUCAUGCUUUCAAGUCGCAGUUAUGUUGGAAGGAAUCUUUUUCUUGCUAUUAGACAUUUAUGUAUAGUUUUCUCAGAAGGGGAAAAUGGUCAUGGAAAUAACUAUGGCUUUGAAUGUUUAAUAGAAGGAGAGGGAGGUGGCAUAUAGAGUCAAUGAGUUUGCGACAGGCUAAAGGUGAGAAAAAAGCAUAGGAAAGGUGGAAGGAAAUUACUGUAGUCAAGAUGACUAUACUAAAAAGCAUGCACAUCUUGCAGCAACACUGUAUACUACAAAGCAGAAUUUGGCCAUAAACACAGGAUAUAUCAGUAGUCCCAGUCACCAGUCCUAAUACGUAUUUUGGCCACUGGCAUAUUUCCACUUGUCUGAGAUAAAAUGAUAAAAAUGAUAAUACUGAUUUUUCAUGAAGCUAAAUUUAUUCAGUUUAAAUGCUCUUUAUUUUGACAUAUCUUUUCAGCUUUUUUUGGCUGUUAAAAUGUUCUUUUUUGGGGGGAAGUAAUAGUGAUAAGUAGUCAAUAGAUUUUUUUAAGGUCCUUACUAGACAAAAUAAAAAGUUGGCAAAUCUUUGUCAGCUUUUCCCCACUAAGUAAUAUUUAUUUUGAAAUCCCAAAGUCUAGAAAUCACUGAACCAGUUAAUCUUCAAGAUUUCUUACAGGUCUGGGAACCUAGACUCCUAGAUAACCAAGGAAUUUAUCUAUAAGGACAUUCACUAACAUCAGGCAGAGCAUUUCCAAGGAGACUUCAAUGCGUCUAAUUCCCAAUAAUUCAUAUUUUAUACAGGGGCCCAGUUCUUGUCUCCUAGGAAAUUACAAUCUAAGACAGAACAGAGUUGCAAAUUGUUGUUACCCAGCACAAAAAUAGGAGAGAAACGUCAAUCUAAAAUACAUAUUAAUAAUGAGCUACUUACAGCCUAUAAUUUAGGGUAAGAUGGGAGGCAAGACCAAAAACCAUGAUAUGGGAGGCAGGGGCAUUUGGAAAGAGUAGCCUUGUGGAUGUCUAUGCCCCAAAUAGACCAACAGACCAGAUAAUCAGGUCAUCGUGGAGUCAACCAGGGCUAUAUGGAACUCCUUAAAUGUUAUCGAAUUGCCUUCUUUGCCCCAUGUCCUGAGGCUGGACAUGACUAUAGAAUUUCAAUGGCCAGAGAGAUGGUUUUCAUCAGGACAUAAGAAAAAAGCACUUUGUUUUGUUGGUUUGACUUUUAUGCUACAUACAGGUCCCGAUGAAAACAUUAAAUAUUAGUUAAAGUAACUAGGCUACCAAACAAUUACGGAACAUUUGGGUCAGUAAGCAAAAAUUAUAGAUAAAAUUUAUAAUUAGACAAAUUCUCAUUCUACUCAAGUUCGUCUUUACUUACAAGAGUAGAUACUUUUGAAAGGUACAUUCAUUAUGGACAUCUAGUAGAUGGAUGUUUUCUUUAUUUAAGUGGUCUUCCACUGGCCCCAAUUAAUGUGGCUUCUGAAAGUAUAUUCACUUUUAAGCCAGGGGGUGUUUAGGCCCUUGGAAAAUCUGUCUCCUUGUUAAAAACAUAUAAUUGGUUUUAAUUCUGAAUACAGAAUAAACUAAUGGCUUCUGAAUUUGAAGGAUAAGAAUUUCCUGAAGGAGAUGACCAGGAAAAUGCUAAUAACUGGAAAAACAAAUUACUGAACAGAAACCUAACACAAAGUUUACUGUGACAAAAGUAUUUAUUUUUUUCACAUUCUUCUUGAGAGCAAUAUGAUUUUAGUGCAUUGAGCAUGAUUUGACUUAACAUUAAUUUAUUUCACAGACAUUUAUUGAGUGCCUACUGAGGGUUUGGGUCUGGAGAUACAAAGAUAAAUAAAAAAUCUUUGCUCACCAGGCUGUCAGCAUCUCUAGGAGGUGCUCAGUGCACAUUUUAAAAUUACAGUUUCUACUGGAACUUCUACCGUACCCCAGUCACACACAAACACACAUAUAUUCUAGUGGAUCUAGGUGUGCGAGAAAUUUUCAGGAACUGAAGGAAGCAGGCCUUAGGGCUGAAGCCCACAUCUAAUACUUCAGUAUGUAACGUCUUGGUUUUUAAAAUCAUCUUUAAAUGAUAUGCCUUGAAUUUUUUUUCUCUUUUGGCCUCAUUUUAUGCAGUCCUACUUCUGGAAGGUCUUCAUGGCACUUCCCAGUCUAACCCACCCUAAACUGUGGAUUUCCUGAUUGCUUAGUUUGGUAAAAGCACCUCAAGGAACAACAGUUGAGGGUCAUCUACUCCAGCCCUUUUCAGAUUCCUUAAUCCUAUCUAGAGGGAAGAGGUGGGAGGGAAUGGGAGACAUGUUACUAUUUCUGCAUUUGUCGGGCUCUGAGACUGCCCUUUGCACGUCCACCCUUGGGGAAAACCUUUGCUCUGCAUUUUAGAGUUUUGUCUGUUUGAUAUCAGGAGGCCCUGGGAUGCUCAUGUGUACCCACACUGCAUAAAGUAGUUCUCAUCUGCCAAGUAAAAGGUCCGUUUUGUUCCAGAAAGAAGACGAAAGGGGGGCCCAACGGUGUGAGUGCAGCAAAGUGUGCCGGGCCUCUUUCCGGCGCUUCACUUUGGGACCCCGGAGCUCAGUCCGAGAGAUGCUGUGGGUCAGGGCUCCAUGAGCUGGCGCGGGUGGUGCACCCCCUGGCUCCCAGCUGUUUCAUGCAUCCAGGAGCUAUGUGCGGGCGGACUCUGGCUGUGACCCCAGGCCUAGUAUGAAAACCCAACUGUGUCAGUCUGUUCCUCUCAGGCAACAUUAGGGCGUACUUCCCCGCAGGAGGGGCAAGCCCAGGGUUGACCUCUAGGAGAGGCUGGAGGGACGGCUCUACUUGUGCCGUGGAGUGGCCACGCAGUGGCUCAGAGGGGCGCAGCGCCACUCAGACUCUCCAAAUACAGACCAGGUUGCUUUGACUUGGCCUAAGUCAGCAUAUAUUGGAGCCCCCAAGACACUUUCGCCUCGGCUGCAGGCAGAAUGGAGCCACGACUAGUCUGAGCUCUUUUGUCCCUACGAGCAGAUAAGCCCUUUGCCCUGGUCACUCCGUGUAUUCCUUCUUGGCCACCUUUUGCCCUAUCGAGGUCAGAGGAUGCUUCCGUGUGGGUGCCCAGCGCGUCACAGAGGUCCAGACUUGUGUCCAUGGAGUCUCUCUCUGCGCUCUGUGCUUUAGCUGGUAUCACAGUUGCUGCCGAAGGACCCCUCUGCAACUUAACCACCCUUGCUCUUGCUGCUUCAACCCCAAAGGAAGGCCCAGAGCGGACGAUAUGCCUGACGCCGUCAGGACAAACGGGCGCGAUGCGGGUGCGGACUCUUUACCCCAGCGCGCCCGCGGCUGGCGUGGGGCUGUUGUGUGUGGGUCCGAGCUAGAACCGCCCUUCCCAGAGCCUCGCAGGGAGGAAAGUAAAACAAGACGUUCUGCACCGUACCCAGAACGUUACAACAGUUCUGUUUCUCUCUCUGUCUCUGCUUUCUGACCCUAGAGGGUUAAAUCAGGAGGGUACAACGCCACCCCUUCCUCCUACUUCCCGCCUCUCCCCCCACCCCCUUACCUUUAAAAAGUUAAAAAAUGUCUGCAGUCGAAAUCUCUUAAAGGGGCGGUGCUGGUGAACGAGUACUCUUGGCACGAGUCGCUGAGAAGGCUGGCUAGGGGCGUGAGUUCGCUCCACCAGCACCAAAACACUGAAGAAGGAAAAAAAAAAAAAAGAGAGAAGGAGACAGAGUGAGAGAGGGGGGAAAAAAGGAAGGGGAAAAAGGGGGGAAAAAGGCAGACAGACACACACUUUAGAUAAGGACAAUUAGUCACCAGCGAGAUCCUGUAGGAAGAGGUUUGAAUCAGAGGGAUUUAAUGAGGGUGCUCUGUGCCUUCCCUGAAGCCAUGCCCUCCAGCAACUCCCGCCCCCCCGCGUGCCUAACCCCGGUGGCUCUCUUCUUGGCUCUGUUGCUCCAUCUCUCCCUUUCCUCCCAAGCUGGAGACAGGAGACCCUUGCCUGUAGACAGAGUUCCAGGUUUGAAGGAAAAGACCCUGAUUCUACUUGAUGUGAGCACCAAGAACCCAGUCAGGACAGUCAAUGAGAACUUCCUCUCUCUGCAGCUGGAUCCGUCCAUCAUUCAUGAUGGCUGGCUCGAUUUCUUAAGCUCCAAGCGUCUGGUGACCCUGGCCCGGGGACUUUCGCCCGCCUUUCUGCGAUUCGGGGGCAAGAGGACCGACUUUCUGCAGUUUCAGAACCUGAGGAACCCGGCGAAAAGCCGCGGGGGUCCCGGCCCGGAUUACUAUCUGAAAAACUAUGAGGAUGACAUUGUUCGAAGUGAUGUUGCCUUGGAUAAACAGAAAGGCUGCAAGAUUGCCCAGCACCCUGAUGUUAUGCUGGAGCUCCAACGGGAGAAGGCAGCUCAGAUGCAUCUGGUUCUUCUAAAGGAGCAAUUCUCCAAUACUUAUAGUAAUCUCAUAUUAACAGCCAGGUCUCUAGACAAACUUUAUAACUUUGCUGAUUGCUCGGGACUCCACCUGAUAUUUGCUCUAAAUGCACUGUGCCGUAAUCCCAAUAACUCCUGGAACAGUUCUAGUGCCCUGAGUCUGUUGAAGUACAGCGCCAGCAAAAAGUACAACAUUUCUUGGGAACUGGGUAAUGAGCCAAAUAACUAUCGGACCAUGCAUGGCCGGGCAGUAAAUGGCAGCCAGUUGGGAAAGGAUUACAUCCAGCUGAAGAGCCUGUUACAGCCCAUCCGGAUUUACUCCAGAGCCAGCUUGUAUGGCCCUAACAUUGGGCGACCCAGGAAGAACGUCAUCGCCCUUCUAGAUGGAUUCAUGAAGGUGGCAGGAAGCACAGUGGAUGCAGUUACCUGGCAACAUUGCUACAUUGAUGGCCGGGUGGUCAAAGUGAUGGACUUCCUGAAAACUCGCCUGUUAGACACACUCUCUGACCAGAUUAGGAAAAUUCAGAAAGUGGUUAAUACAUACACCCCAGGAAAGAAGAUUUGGCUUGAAGGCGUGGUGACCACCUCAGCUGGAGGCACAAACAAUCUAUCAGAUUCCUAUGCUGCAGGAUUCCUAUGGUUGAACACUCUAGGAAUGCUGGCCAAUCAGGGCAUUGAUGUCGUGAUACGGCACUCAUUUUUUGACCAUGGAUACAAUCAUCUUGUGGACCAGAAUUUCAACCCAUUACCAGACUACUGGCUAUCUCUCCUAUACAAACGCCUGAUCGGCCCCAAAGUCUUGGCGGUGCACGUGGCUGGGCUCCAGCGGAAGCCACGGCCAGGCCGAGUCAUCCGGGACAAACUAAGGAUUUACGCUCACUGCACAAACCACCACAACCACAACUAUGUUCGAGGGUCCAUUACACUUUUUAUCAUCAACCUGCACCGAUCAAGAAAGAAAAUUAAACUGGCUGGAACUCUCAGGGACAAGCUCGUGCACCAGUAUCUGCUGCAGCCCUAUGGACAGGAGGGCCUGAAGUCCAAGUCAGUGCAGCUGAACGGCCAGCCCUUAGUGAUGGUGGACGAUGGGACCCUCCCAGAAUUGAAGCCCCGCCCCCUGCGGGCCGGCCGGACAUUGGUCAUCCCUCCAGUCACCAUGGGCUUUUAUGUGGUCAAGAAUGUCAACGCUUUGGCCUGCCGCUACCGAUAAGCCACCCUCACACUCACAAGGUGCCAGCAGGCCUGCUGGACUGCUUUCCACUCUUCUGCCCUGAUCGUAUCCUUAUUUUUCAGACAUCUUCUUAGCAACAAACCAGCCUCUGCUGCCCUAUCCUGCUGGAAUCAACAUAGAUUUGCUCUCCGAAGAGACAAAUGUCAAAUGUUAGCCUAGGUAGGUCACAUCCACCCCGAAGGAAAAUGUAGACAUCUUCUGUACCUGUGUAAGGAUGAAGGUAUGUGUGUAAAGCUGUGUGUAUCCUCGUACACACCAUGAAGACAAGCUGACAGUGCACUCCCAGGACAAAUGAAAUGACUCCCCAUGAUCCUGGUCACAGCAAUAUAACUACAGAUCUUAGCCUGUGGCUGCCUCAGCGGAAGACGAGCAAGGAGAAAACCCAGUGGAGCUUCAAGAGCCCAGUCCUCUUCUAACUCCACUCCUUUGUCUGUUCCUUGCUGUUGCCCUGGGUUUCCCAUCACCUUUCUUCCCAUAGGGGAGCAAGUGGGUGAGUCAGCGCUGGCCUGCUGGGCGAGCUGUUUAUGUAAUUUCCCGGCUGAUGUAUGAGUGUGUGCAUCUGGGUUUCUGACAGUGGCAUCAAUCACUGGCUAUUCCUCUGGGAAGCGGGUGCUUCAAAAGUAAAAUUGCAAGCAUACUCCAGAUUUUGUAAGAAGGUUCUAUUCCUCUGUGAAUGCAGAUAUCCCCAGGGUUGGAGUGGGAGUCAGGUAACAAUAUUCAUUGAGUAGAGAGCAAUGUAUUAGGCACCACAAAAAGCCAUCAUCAUCCUUCAUUUGGCUGUGAGGGAGAGAGUUUUAGUAAAAGAAAAAGUACACCAAACCACCAGACACACACACUCACCAACUGAACAAAGCAAAUAAUUAGACCUGCCUCAAGUUUGAGAGAAUAUUAAGAGUAUGCCCUUACUGGUUUGGUUGACCAAAACCAUUAUUAAAAAAAAAAAAAGGUGUAAACCAAAGGUCAUCACUGUAAAACACAACUGACUCCAGCCUUUCUGCCUCUUCCCAAGCAGCCGUGUGCCUCUCAGUGCAUGUACUAGCGGAAAUCUAAUGCAGGCUUUAAAGAUGACCAGGUCCAUCCUGUCCCAGACCAGCUUACCUGAGCACAGAACAAAGCUUUGAGUUGGCCACUGGGGGGAAGGAGCAAUCCAGAGACUGUGGAAGGGUAGGUGGAAGCUCUCGAGCUGGGCCGGGGGCAAGUGGAGUGAUUUAAAGUUCAUGAUGAGGAUCUCCUCUGUGAUUCAAGGGGUACGUGUGGGGCUUUGCAAACAUGCUGCAACCAAAUACGACUUUCUUUUCUGUGGAUGUGAUUCUUUUUCGCAGGAUAAAUGACAUGAAUUUUUUUAAACGAGGAGAUAUUUGACAGUGUCGUAGGAUUCCAAUUAAGAGAGAGACAAUUUCUGCUGUUGUGAAAGGAUAGAAAUGGAAGAGAGGGGCAGGGUUGCUGAUGCCAGAGGCCAAGGAGACUGCCUAAGAUGCCCAAGGAGUCAAGGAUUGGGGCCAAGUCUGCAAAGUGGACAGUAAGGUGAGAGACAGGAGGAAGAUUACAAAAGAGAGGGGACAGAGGAUUCCUGGCUUGGAGAACUGCGAAUCAGGGGACAGGAGCCGACAGGCUCAUUGUGUGUGUAAGGAAGACAGUGGACUCAGUUUUGACAUGCUUAUUAUUAGGUUCAGGAGGAACAGCACAAGGAGGUGUGUGCUACUCGAGCAAGAAAUGGGGAGCCUGAGGAGCGGGCUGGACACGGUCAGUGGUUGGCUCAACCUGGAAGCAGCUGAGAGAGGAGGAGACCUUAACACUGUGGCAACCCAGAGAGGCCUCCUCUUCUCUGGAAGCCGGCGCCUCCCACUGAAAAGUUUCAGCUUUGAGAGGGGAAGAGAGAGAAGUGCCAAGACUGGGGGUAGAAAGGAGGGGAAAGAAGCAGCAGAGGAAAGUGAGGAAGAGAAAGGAAAAGAGAAAUGAGAGACAAAUUUUAAAAGAUUUGUGAGGCUAUCAAAAUCUCUUCUAUACACUGGUCAGGUACAGCCCCAGGGCCCCCUCAUGAUAACAAGAGGAACCAGAGGUCCCUGGGGCCCGGCCCUGGGCCAGUUUGCUUUACAAACACAGUAGCCCCCUAGGGGUCCACAGCUUGCCCAGGGUCACUGAGGGGAAUGGAUUGCUGAGCUCGGAAUAACACAGAGCCUGGUCAUUUAACAAGUCAGCUCAGUGGCUGCCCAGUCGCACACUCACUCCCUUCCCCUCUCCCUAAGUUCUGCCGGUUCAGUACAGCCAGGAUUCCAGAGCUCCGUCCAAACACCCUCUCUGUAAAUAAGUGUUGAUUGCUCACUCAGCCUCUAAACUUGCAGGAUAUAGGCAGUGCCUGCUUCUUUUGUCUGUCUCUGUGUAUUAAAUGCUGCUCCUAAGAGGUUUAAGUUUUCUUUUAUUGUUUUUCGUUAAUAACACGGGAGGAGGGAAUCACUGAACUUGAUCUUUGGAGUCCUGCAGUUCUCACUGUGCAACUGUCUCAUGGAAGAAGUAUUUGCACUAUUCAAAGGAUACUGAGAAACUCGCUACCGCCACAUUCCGCAGGGACUUUAGUACAGGGCAUCUGUCCUGGCCUUGUCGUUUUGGGGUGGGAGUAACUUACUAAAUCAGUAGGGAUCGCUCCUUAUAAGGGAUUCCCUUCUCACACUCCCCACAGAAGACAGCCUAUGGCGAAACUCAGCAUCGUGAUGCAUCAAGGGAGCAGCUUGCCAGGCUGGGCCCCACGACAAAGUUGCUCAUCCACCAGCUUCCCCAGAUCAGAUUUUUCCUCCUAAAACAAGACAUGGCCAAGAUAAUCUAAGACUUCAGAGCCACUUUAUUUUAAACUAAAGAAUGGGCUUGUGGAAAUGCUUAUUUGAAAGCAUAAUAAUAUAUCAUGAGAAGUCUGUGCUUUUUGUUGAGAUGAUUUUCUGCUCCUCCUGCCUCUAGGAAUGAUCUUCUCUCUCCUUUCUUAUCGCAAAGGCUCAGAACAAAUUCUCAUUGUUACUUGAAGAGAAAGUCUCAAUUGUGGUGGUGCCCUGAAAAAGCUGCAGUUGUAGGAUAUUCGCAUUAUUUCUGGCUGGAGAAAAGCUUGAAAAUACCAGAACUGGGCUCCAGUGAGACUAAGGCCUGAGACUCCCAGAGCCACAGUCCCCACAGGCCCACUUGCCCGCCGCAGCCCCAGCCGCACCCCAGCAGUUGGACAGUCCCUGGGCAGAGGGGGCCAAGCCCUGCACCCUUGACAGGGCAGAGAUUGUUGGCGGAUUCUCCCUGAGAGGCGCCCAGCGGCUCUCAGCACCGGGGACCCUCUGUGGCCUCCUGGGGUGGGGCGGCUGGGAGGGCCCAGCAGGACUGCGAAUUGCUGAGCUGCCGCAUGGUCCAGGCCAGGCCCAGCUCUGCAGGUGUGCCCCGCCACAGGCACUCAAGGCCCCUGUGUUUGGGAUGGAUGCAGCUGUGGUAUUCAUCUUGGAAAUCCACUGAGAGCAGCUUUCUUUCUGAAAAAAAAAAAAAGGGCAAUGUUUAAUCUCUGCAGAAGCACAGAUGGAUCCCUCUGACAGUAAAAAUGCUGGGACCCGGAAGGACUUUAAAAAUUUGAGAUGUCAAUAGAGCAACCAAAAAUAGUAGAGAUGUAGCUUGGAGAAGGCAGAGGAAGAAGGGGCAUAAGCGUUUACAUAGCAUGGCUUCCUCCCCUGUCCCCUCUCUCAGGCCUCAGCACCCCUGCCCCAGCCUGGACACUGCCGUUUGCUCUUUUCCACUAACUUUCUCUCCAGUUCCACAGCCUCACCUCUGCCAGCCACCCUAUCCCCAACCCAGGCCCAGGGAAAUCUGCUGUACUGAGAGUUAAGGUUUGAUUACAGAAUUAUUCGCAAUCUUUUCUUAGGUUGUACCAGAAUUGCAAAUAAGACAAUAAAGGGGACUCAAAGAGAAACAGCCCCAGUAACUGGAGCUUUAGAAUCACUGCCUCCGAGUUCCACUAACAGGGGUGCAAAGCCUCCUGUAACUGCCAUCCUAUGCCCAGUCCUGGGCGGUGACUCUGGGGAGAGCAGAGAAGUAAUUUGUCCAAGGCCACGCAGAUAAGCAGCAUGACAUAGCUAGGACUCAAACCCAGAUCUGUUAUAUUCCGAAGUCUGCUCUCAUUGCACCAUGCUCUCUCUCAUUGGACUUACUGUGGCCAACUCUUUCUUACCUCUGUGUUGCCCACAGCCAGCUUUCUUAGAAUCCUGCAUGUGUCUACAGAGAACCCUUCACCCAGGACAGCUGAUCUCGGAUUUGGGGAAGCCGACUAGCCGUUCUGAUGAGUAGUGAGUAGGGCUGUGACCAGCCUUGGCUGUAGAAUUUCGAAUCCAGGCUCGCCUUGGCCCACCAGUGGCCUUCCUGGUCUGCUCCUCUCCCUCUGUGUUUUUCUGCAGAACAAUUUAAAGGGCCACUCCCACCACCCACCACGGGUGAUGAUUCUUAAUAUUUCUAAGUCCUGGAGGUAAGUGGCCGAUCCAGUCAGCACCCACACAUGCACUACCUCUGAGAGCACUGCUCCUCCUCCCCCCAUAACCCACAGGUUUAGAAGUUUCUCUUCACCUUCCUAGACUAAAUAAAAAAUCCAUUAACUAUUGCUGUAGGGGUAAUAUUUGCAAAUCUCACUCUAAAACAAGAAAGCCAAAAUAAAGCAAAUUAACUGCUUUGGCACCCACUUCCCUCCAAACACCAGAGCAGCCCCUGGAAGCCCUGGGAGCACCGAGGGGAGCUGACCAUCUUCCAAAGGACUGGCUCCUGAAUAAAUCCCACUGUCAUAUGACCCAGCAGAGCAAAAGGGGCCCUUCUUUACAGCCUACAUCACGAACAUUUCUCUUCUAAUUGUUAUUCAUGAAAACAUUCUAGGAUUCUUUGUCAAGUUGUAAAUGUUAUAUAAUAAAUUAUAUUUUUGGAAGAAGCAAAAAGAAAGCUUAGUUUUACUCAUCUGGAAGUCGGCACAAUGAGUGCAGGAACGCCUCCCAGGGAAAGUUUCUUCUUGUGCAGGGGAUUUCAACAGGUAUUAAUAUUUUCUUCCAGAAAACAGAUUGUAUUAUGGUUUAUGUUUGCCUGGUGAUUGCAGAGUUUGGGCCCAUGAGGUAGUUUAUAUUUUAAGGUAAUGUUUUGUAAGUAGUAAAAUGUGAAUACUCUAACUUUCUGUUCUCAGGGUAUUCUGUGGGGAGGCGGAGGCCACUGCUUCCCACACUACACCUUGGCCUUAAGACUGAUUGCCUGAUGAACUAACACAUGCUGGCGAUCUUCGAUUUAAUGGCAUGCUGCCCUCUCCCUCUCCCCUUCCCCACAAGCUUUGCUUCAAGUACUCUAUGUGGAAAUUAAAUGUUGUUAUUCAAACUCCAUGUCAUUGACUAUGUUAAAGUAACUGUUGGCUUCAAUAACAGGUAAACCCAAGAAUCCCAAUGGCUUAACACCCUCGAAGUUUAUAUCCUGUUAAUAGAUCAUGUAAAGUUCAGUUGGUGGUAAUGAGGUAAGGCAGGCAGUGGUUCUGUUCCGUCUAGUCCUUUAGGGAUCCAGACUGAUGUAGGCUUCCCACCACAUUCAGCACUUGGCCUCCAAGGUUGCUGUGGGCAUCAACAUGCAGCUGACAGACAAGGAAAGAAGAGUGUGUAGGAUCACAUGGGUGUAUUUUAGGGGCCUAACCUAGAACUGUCACAAAUUCCUUCCACUCAAUUCCAUUGGCCAUAAGUCAGUCAUGUGGUCCCAUCUAGAUGCUGAGGGUCUAGGAAAUGAAGUCCCUGGUUAGGCAGCCACUUCCUCAACAACAAUGUAUUUCAUUGCUAUAGAUUAAAUGUCUAUGUCCCUCUAAAAUUCAUAUGUUGAAACCUAAUCUCCAAUGUGAUGGUACUUGGAGGUGGGGCCUUUGGGAGGUGAUUAGGUCAUGAAGGCGGAGCCCUUACAAAUGGGAUUAUAAAAGAGAUGCAGGAGGGCUCUUUGCCCCUUUCACCAGACACAUACAACAGGUUCCUAUGAACCAGGAAGCAAGCUCUUAUCAGACGCUGAAUCUCCUGGAGCCUUGAUCUUAGACUUCCCAGCCUCCAGAACUGCGAAAAAUAAAUUUCUGUUGUUUAUAAGCCA